AUGGACGGGCUUCGGGUGAAGAUGUCCAGUCUAACUCCUUAUGCGAAGAAGCACAAGGUCACUGUGAUCGGUUCCGGAAAUUGGGGAUCGACUAUCGCCAAACUUGUCGGUGAAAACACACUGGAACACCCGGAGCUAUUCGAACGGGAGGUGCAGAUGUGGGUUUAUGAAGAGGAGGUUGAAUUGGACAAGAAAUCAAAACACUACGACGAGGCCUCUGAGUUCAGUAAAGGAAAACAGAAACUCUCGACUCUCAUCAACGCCUUCCACGAGAAUGUUAAAUACCUUCCUGGGAUUCCUUUGCCUCCCAAUGUCGUCGCCAAUCCUAGCCUGGUCGACUCGGUCAAGAACUCUACCAUUCUGAUUUUCAAUCUUCCCCACCAAUUUAUUCUCAAUCUAUGCAAGCAACUCCGUGGCCAUAUCCUCCCGUUCGCUCGAGGCAUCUCGUGCAUCAAAGGUGUCAAUGUUCACGAGUCCUCCAUCAGCUUGUUUUCCGAGACUAUUGGGGAGGAAUUGGGAAUAUACUGUGGUGCCUUGUCUGGAGCAAAUAUCGCCAGUGAAGUGGCUCAAGAGAAGUUUAGUGAAACUACAGUGGCAUACGAUCCACCAUUGAUGGACUCGCAAUCACCUACGCCCGCCACAUCUCAAGGCCCUAGCCCAGCUUCGAGCCAUGUUGACUUGACAAAACUGGUACACAAGGAUGUCUCUGGCAAGCCAUCGAAGGUCCAGCUCAAACCCCUUCCCGCCGAAUAUCACUCCAUCGACCACGAUACGUUGAAGAAACUGUUUCACCGUCGAUACUUCCACGUGCGAGUAGUCUCUGAUGUGGCCGGGGUAUCACUGGGUGGUGCUUUGAAGAACGUUGUUGCGGUUGCUGCUGGCUGGGUUGACGGUUUGGGCUGGGGCGACAAUGCCAAGGCUGCAGUAAUGCGAAUUGGCCUCCUGGAAAUGAGAGAAUUCGGAAACAGAUUCUUCCCUCACACCAUUCAAUCUGACACUUUUACGGUUGAGUCGGCGGGCGUUGCAGAUUUGAUCACCUCCUGUUCGGGUGGCCGCAACUUUCGGUGUGCCAAAAUGAGUAUACAAGAGGGCAAAUCGAUCGAGGAGAUCCAAGAAAGAGAACUCAACGGCCAGAAGCUGCAGGGAGCUCUGACAGCCCAUGAAGUAAACAAAUUCCUCAAGUACAAGGGAAUAGAGAAGGACUUUCCUCUACUCACCGCUGUGUACAACAUCCUGGAAGGCAAAGAGAAGGCCGAGCAUCUCCCGGAUUUGAUCGAACCAGAAGACGAGUAA